UGGGUGGGUUUAAUGUGAGUUCGUAUCCGAGCUAAGCAUCAUAAAAUAAAAAAGAAAAGUCAAGGUGGAAGCAAGAGGGAGAAUGAAAUCGAUGCAAAAGACGAAAAGCAGAAGGUAGGUGUUCCAGGGGUAAGCUUUUAAGUCGCAUGCUUAUAGGGUAUGUUGGAGCUAUUCGAGCACUUGAUUGGUCACAAAUUCAUUCCCACUCUCCUCAUUCAUGUCUCUCUGGUUACACUCGCACUACUUGUAUUGGCGCCCUUUUCCAAGAACGCUAGCGGAUGUGAAAGCUCAAAGCGGCAUCGUUCGGCUGCCAUUCGCAACCGCGCACGAGCUCGCGGACGGCGAACUAGCUCUGUACUCGUAGAUGUUAAAACACCUUGGAGCGCGCGUUAACAGUAACUCUUGUUAGUUUUUCAAGUUUUUCCGACACAGUUGCAUCAUAAAUUUUAACUUCUUAGAAAACAUCUGGUGGUGACUAUUCAGCAGGUGACAAAUUAAAUAGAACAGUGGGAGUGCAUUGAAUAACAAGAGUAUUCUAUUGUUGAUCACCCACGUUGAGGCUUUCUAGUUUUCCAAGAAUGGUCCGGGUAUUGUCCACUAGUAUGGCAAUUAGCCUAACUCUAAUUGUCUGCUGCAACCUAGGGUUAGCAAUGACCAUUGAUCUAAGCCGAUUUUAUGGAUACCAUCACUCCAAGCGGUCAGGGGAUGCUUGCCACCCUUAUGAACCAUUUAAAUGCCCUGGAGAUGGAACGUGUAUUUCUAUUCAAUAUUUAUGCGAUGGAGCACCAGAUUGUCCUGAUGGAUAUGAUGAAGAUUCGCGAUUAUGUACAGCUGCUAAAAGACCACCAGUAGAAGAAACAGCAAGUUUUUUACAGUCACUAUUAGCCAGUCAUGGCCCGAAUUAUCUCGAGAAAUUAUUUGGUAGUAAAGCUAGAGACGCUCUAGCACCCCUCGGUGGAGUUAACAAGGUAGCGAUUGCUCUCUCUGAGUCUCAGACGAUUGAAGAUUUUGGAGCUGCUUUGCAUUUGAUGCGUGCAGACUUGGAGCAUCUACGUUCAGUUUUUAUAGCUGUUGAAAAUGGCGAUUUGGGAAUGUUGAAAUCUCUUGGCAUCAAAGAUUCAGAACUUGGUGAUGUCAAGUUCUUCUUAGAAAAGCUCGUAAAUACCGGCUUUCUUGAUUAAAAUGUUUAAGACUUAAACAAAGCAGUGCACUUCAAAGGUAUAUAAUGUAACUGCUUUAUGCACGGUUGAAAGAUCACAAUUUGAGUGUUUCAAUUAUUGAACACAUUACCAAUUGAUUAAAUAAUAAUCGUUAAUUAUAAGGGAAUUGAAGCUAAAAUCGCGAUUGAAUUUUUUAUCGUAAGAAUGCAGUGUGAUUCAAGGGAGGACUCAUGUUUAUUCAACAAAAAGGGUGAAUUAUGUCGUACUAAAACCAUGAAAAAUUUCUAGAAAUAUACAUUUUUCGAUUUACGUCUAAUAAGUCGAUGAACAAUUAUAAUAAUUGAUUCUCUUGAUAUAUCUUGCUAAGAAUGAAAACUAUUACAAUCAUCUUCCUAUUCGAGCUUAGCUUUGCAUAUAUUAUACAAGUAAUUCAUGAAAGACGUGAAUUGAUUUCCGGGAGAGGGAGAUCAAAAGAAAAUAGUGAAUGUCAAAAUGAAGAUACCAACUUCGUCAAUGAUGUAAUUAUUCAUUUCAAAUUGAUCAAUUAAUUUUGUACCAGCUCUCAUAACUGUAGCUUUUCUUCAUACCUUCGCCGUCCUUCUUACGGCCUAAAUUAAUUAAUUAAUUUGCAAUUAAUAAUUACGCCAUUGACGAAGUUGGCACUCUGAUCUCAACAUUUAUCCAAACUAUUGAAUUAUUAAUUAUCUAAUCACUGAUACCAAUAAAUUUAUAAAUUUUUUCUUUCUAUUUUAAUCCUUUUUCUACUGUCUAAAGUAGUGACAAUCGAUUUUAUUUGAUUAUUAUCUCAUAUCAUGUGUAUUUACUUGCUGAUUAAUCUACGUAAGUGAUAAAAAUUGAUUUAACGAGUAGUAGUGGUUUUCUGUUUACCAAGGAAAAUAUUCUCUGUCCAAAUGUUUCUUUAUACCGUUUUCUUAAGCUAUCAUAAAACGUAAAAGAGUAUCAAUAUCGAUUCAGGAGAAACGUUGACGUUGCCAACACUUAUUACAUUUUCCGUGCCGAUGAUAUAAAACAUUAAAAGGGUAAAGUUUAAUAUUACAGUAAUGAAAUUGUAAAAGUGUUUUCAUUAAUUUUUAUGCUUGGGUGGAAGUAUCAACAAUGUAAUGAUAGUUACGUUUAUUAUUAUCAUCGUUUUGCACUAUUUCAGAUUGUAUUUUCCCAACCUUUGACAUUAUAGUUAAAUGAUGACUGUAAAACCUUUCCAUUGUGUACCUGUGUCAGUGCGCUUUAUGCACUGUUUUUUGCGAUUCCAAUCACUGUAAAACCAACGCAACAAGAGACAAAUUUACCAAAGAUAAAAGAAAUAUAAUAUAGCAAGAGAAAAAAAAACUCGAAAUGCUUUAAAGAAUAUGUAAUAAUAUAAACUCAACUUGUUUUGAACAAAAAAGCAAUAUUUUAUUUUAAAUGCAAUUUUUUUUAGCUGAUUUAAUGAUGAAACUUUUUUAAAUGCCUUAGGUAUUGAAAACAUAUCACUAAGAGUAAUUUAGCGAUUUAAUUCAAUUGAAAUGUUUACUCGAUGUUCAAAGAGAGAUUCAUAAUUAUAUAUUUAUACGUAAAAUUAAUAUUCUUUUUUGAGACAUUGUCAACAAUGAUAAAGUUUACUAUCAGGAUAUUGGUAUAUUAAGUAAUAUUAUAAUUAUAAAAUGAAACACAUACAUAUCAUAUAACUGUAUGCAAUAUACAUAUCAAUGAUAUAAAUGAUAGAGAUAAUAAUAAUAAAUUAAUUAAUUAUAUUAAAAGCAAGAGAUCCCUUAUAUGUCAAUGUCAUUGUCCCACCUCUCUUUUUCUUGUUUUAGAAAUUUAGUUAAAGCUACUAAAUAAUAUACUCCUAUUCUGUCUGCACGACAAACAACUUCCAUAGCAACAAGUAAUCAUAUCAAAAAUUAUGAGUCUAUAUUUUAUGUUAAAAAUGAAACAAGAUAAAGAUAGUUGUGGGAUAUGCAUAUAUCAUAAAUCUCGUGAAGAUUCUAUAUGAUAAGAUUGUUUCUCGCAAAAUAACAUAUCAUGUAAAAUAAAAUUAAACAAAAUAGCAGGUAAUGAAGGAGCUGAUUGAAAGUACUUUUAUGAGAUAGAUAAAUACUAUUUUGGUAUAAAGAGAUGGAUCCCUAGAGUUUCUACUACGAUUUAAAGUAGGGCCUAAACCGUAGCAGAACUGUUGGGAAAUCCUUUACACAUUUACAUUAUCAACGCUCAAGGGUCAAGAUGUUACUUUUCACUCAUUAAUUCAUUACAAUACCUUGUCUCUUUAGCAUUCUGAUGUAAUAAUAAAAAUAAAAAUCAUAUGUAUUCAAACUUUCAGCAUUUAACACCAAAGUAUUACGCUGAAGAUUGAUUUUAAAUAUAAAAGUAUAUUAUACAAUUAUAAGGAGUCAAUUGUCCAAUAUUAAUAUACAUUAAUAUCAAUUAUUAAUUAAGCACAAGACUCCUAUUAAUUUAGUGUCAUCACUUGCACGUUUAUUUAAUUAAUUGUUAUUUGUGAUUAGUCAUUCAAAUGUAGUUCAAGUACAAUUGUCAAAUUCAACAAUGUUUGAAAAUCUGUAAAUUAUAAUAAUACUGACGUGUAUUGAGUUGUUAAUAAUUUUUAUUCAUUUAAUACUGAUUUACAAAAUAAUUUCAUAAGUCCAUAGGAUAUAAUGUAUAAAUUAUAUAUGAGGUAGACAGAUGAGUAGGACAAUAAGAUUAUAGUAAGUAAGUUUUGUCCUUCAUAAACAUCUUUCAUCACUACCUGUAAUUGUAAUUUUUUCUGAUUAUUUCUUCAAGCAAA